UUCCAUCGUCACAACAAUUAGCUUGGAGAUCUAUACCACAAUGAAACUUUUUUUAGCGUGCAUCUUUAUUGCCGCCGCGACGGCUGCAGUGAUUCCUGUCGAACAAGCCAGGCACCGUCGCGACGUCUCCGAAAUCGUGAGCGAGUACCUCCCACCGGCGGAAGAAGUUGCUCCAGGAGCUCCUCUUGAGGAGAUCGCCCCGUUGCUAGACUCCGCCGCUGUGGGAGAAGAUGGAUACCGCUACAAGACCGUUCGCCGAUUGAAGUACCGCCAGCGCCGGGAUGUCUCUGAGAUUGCCAACGAGUACCUGCCCCCAUCUGAGGAGGUUGCCACCGAGACUCCCAUUGAGGUAGCUCCCGUCGAGGAAGCUAGCCAGGAUUCCGCUGUUCUUGCUGCCGAUGGUUACCAGUACAAGACUGUCCGUCGCCUGAAGUACCGACAGCGCCGUGAUGUCUCUGAGAUCGCCAACGAGUACCUGCCCCCAUCUGAGGAGGCUGCCACCGAGACUCCCAUUGAGGAAGCUCCCGUCGAGGAAGCUAGCCAGGAUUCCGCUGUUCUUGCUGCCGAUGGUUACCAGUACAAGACUGUCCGUCGCCUGAAGUACCGACAGCGCCGUGAUGUCUCUGAGAUCGCCAACGAGUACCUGCCCCCCACCGAGGAGGUUGUUGCCGACGCCCCUGUUGAGGAAGUCCCUGUUGAAGAAGCCAGCCAGGAUUCUGCUGUUCUUGCUGCCGAUGGUUACAAGUACAAGACUGUCCGUCGCCUGAAGUACCGCCAGCGCCGUGAUGUCUCUGAGAUCGCCAACGAGUACCUGCCCCCCACGGAGGAGGUUGUUGCCGACGCCCCUGUUGAAGAAGCCAGCCAGGAUUCUGCUGUUCUUGCUGCCGAUGGUUACCAGUACAAGACUGUCCGUCGCCUGAAGUACCGACAGCGCCGUGAUGUCUCUGAGAUCGCCAACGAGUACCUGCCCCCCACCGAGGAGGUUGUUGCCGACGCCCCUGUUGAGGAAGUCCCUGUUGAAGAAGCCAGCCAGGACUCCGCUGUUCUUUCUGCUGAUGGUUACAAGUACAAGACUGUCCGUCGCCUGAAGUACCGACAGCGCCGUGAUGUGUCUGAGAUCGCCAACGAGUACCUGCCCCCCACCGAGGAGGUUGUUGCCGACGCCCCUGUUGAGGAAGUCCCUGUUGAAGAAGCCAGCCAGGACUCCGCUGUUCUUUCUGCUGAUGGUUACAAGUACAAGACUGUCCGUCGCCUGAAGUACCGACAGCGCCGUGAUGUGUCUGAGAUCGCCAACGAGUACCUGCCCCCAUCUGAGGAGGCUGCCACCGAGACUCCCAUUGAGGAAGCUCCCGUCGAGGAAGCUAGCCAGGAUUCCGCUGUUCUUGCUGCCGAUGGUUACCAGUACAAGACUGUCCGUCGCCUGAAGUACCGCCAGCGCCGUGAUGUCUCUGAGAUCGCCAACGAGUACCUGCCCCCCACCGAGGAGGUUGUUGCCGACGCCCCUGUUGAGGAAGUCCCUGUUGAAGAAGCCAGCCAGGACUCCGCUGUUCUUUCUGCUGAUGGUUACAAGUACAAGACUGUCCGUCGCCUGAAGUACCGACAGCGCCGUGAUGUGUCUGAGAUCGCCAACGAGUACCUGCCCCCACCGAGGAGGUUGUUGCCGACGCCCCUGUUGAGGAAGUCCCUGUUGAAGAAGCCAGCCAGGACUCCGCUGUUCUUUCUGCUGAUGGUUACAAGUACAAGACUGUCCGUCGCCUGAAGUACCGACAGCGCCGUGAUGUGUCUGAGAUCGCCAACGAGUACCUGCCCCCAUCUGAGGAGGCUGCCACCGAGACUCCCAUUGAGGAAGCUCCCGUCGAGGA